AUGGGCUACGACUACGCUCUAGUGCACCUCAUCUAUACCAUUCCGCCUGCAAUACUUCUGUCCAUAGUCUAUUCGCCGCUAUGUACGCGGCUCGACAUAUACAGGAUCGUGUUCCUGCUUACCAUUGCGGUCGUCUCCACCUUACCAUGGGAUAGCUACCUUGUACGGGCUAGGAUAUGGUCCUACCCGGAGACCGCAGUCAUCGGCUUAACGAUACUCGAUGUUCCACUUGAAGAAGUCUUCUUCUUCUUCAUUCAGACUUUCAACACGACUCUGCUCUACUUGAUCCUGAACAAGCCGAUACUGCACAGUGUAUAUCUGGUCAAAGAGCAGAAAGGUCGGAACGACAAGUGGAAGUAUAUCAGGCUCAUAGGCCAGGUCGCGCUAGGCCUGACACUCAAGAAAGGUGUCGACUAUGUGCGCGCUGGGGGUAACGAGACUUAUCUGGGCCUCAUACUCGUCUGGGCUGUGCCAUUCCUGCUUGCGUUAUGGAGUCUGUCAUACCAGUUCCUGGUCUCCCUUCCAGUUACCAGCACGAUCCUUCCAAUCGCGCUGCCUACAGUGUACCUGUGGAUUGUGGAUACAUUAGCGCUCAAGCGUGGGACGUGGGUGAUUGGCUCCGGGACGAAGACGGGCUUGACUUUCUGGCCCGGCUUAGAGAUCGAGGAAGCGCUCUUCUUCCUGCUCACCAACUGCUUGAUUGUGUUCGGCUUGGUCACCUUUGAUACUGCAAUCGCCAUACUCAAUACUUUUCCGGCGCACUUUCGGCACGUACCAGCCCUACCGACACCAUGGUUUGCUAUGCGGGCUUUACUGCUCCCGUCGACCACUUACGAUGAUGACCGCACCAUAGGCCUGCAACAGGCGGUUGCACGCCUGCGUGCGAAGAGUCGGAGCUUCUAUCUGGCAUCCUCUGCUUUCCAGGGUCGCUUACGCAUUGAUUUAAUCAUUCUGUAUUCGUUCUGUCGAGUUGCAGAUGACUUGAUCGAUAAUGCCAGCGACGCGGCAGAAGCGAAGCAAUGGGUGCAGAAGCUGAAGACGUUCCUGGACUUGUGCUACAGUGGAAAGGUCAAGACGGCGAACGGCAACUUGAUUGAUGCCAGAGAUCCAAACCAAGGCCCUGCCACACUUUACGCGGUCCGGCAAUUUCCACCGGACGCGCAAUUAACGUUAUUGUUGCUCCCGACCGACAGACUCGACCAAGAGCCACUCUAUGAGCUUCUCAGGGGCUUUGAUAUGGAUCUCGCAUUCUCAGACUCAUCGUUGACUGGGCCGAUCAAAACAGAGCAAGACCUGGAUCUGUAUGGCGCACGAGUGGCAGGUACUGUGGCUUUACUCUGCAUCCAGCUCGUCCUGUACCACUACCCAGGCACCUCGGAAGCGAAAGCAAAGCGCUUAAUGGGCGCAGGACACGAUAUGGGUAUCGCGCUGCAAUACACGAACAUUGCGCGAGACCUCAUCGUUGAUGCGGAGAACAAGCGCGUCUAUGUACCGCCAAGCUGGCUCAAGAAGGAGAAGCUCACGCCGGAGUCGUUCGCCGGUGGCCUUACCAAAGCAUCUGGUGCCGAGCAGGAUGACUUCUUCCUUAAGAAGCUCUCAACGAUUCGGCAGCGACUGCUCGAUCGAGCCUUCCACUUCUACGAUCGCAGUGUCGGUGCGAUCGAGGAGCUGCCGGCCCCGGCGAGAGCGCCUAUGCGCGUGGCUGUUGAGAGCUACAUGCAGAUCGCGCGAGAGCUGCGUAAGCCUGGCUUCAAGGUCAAGGCUGGACGUGCAACAGUCCCGGUGUGGAAGCGGUUAUGGGUCGCCUGGCGGAUGCUCCAGGGUCCGCGAAAGCGCUAA